UUUUUUUUUCACUUAAAUUUCAUUUAUAUGUAAUACUUCUCAAUCAUGCCAAAAGCAUUUGAUCAAUCUUUUGAAAGACGAGGCACUGAUCCAAGUGUUCCUCACACUACAACUGCCGCAAAUGAUUCUCUUGAGGAUCAGACACUCCUCCUACUUGCUCGUUUAACCGAGGGUGGACAGGAGGAUGAAGAUACUUGCAGGGAGUUGAACACUCUCACCAAACUUCUCACUGAUGAUUCCGCCGAAGAAACAAGAUCAAAGGAGCCACAUAAACCUCUCUUUCAAUUGAUCGAUCAAGAUAUUUUGGAAACAAUUCUAGGUUAUCUUGAUAUGAGACAAUCUCAAUCAGUUCGAAGUCACGCGACACUAACCACUUCUGCAUAUCUUAAAGCUUCCGAACAACAAGGCGUUGAUUAUCUUUCUCAUUUUUUCUAUGAUCGUGUAGCAAAAGGCACAUAUGAUGAUCUGAUCCUUGCGUUUUCGGUUGCAGCAUCAAUAUUUUCCAUUGUUCCAGAUGUCAUUGCUUCAUUUUUUCUUAGUGAAGGUUUCAUUCCUAGCCUUGGUGCAUUGAUGAAGAGAAAAUGGAAAAGUCGAAAGGUUGAACAGGCUGCUUUGGAGUUACUUAGUGCUGCUUGUAUGAACACUCCUUGUCGGGAAGCUAUUCAGAAGCAUUGUACAAAAUGGCUUGAAGAGAUUGUCAGCAAUACUCCACCAAAAGUUUCCGAAGUCUCUUCGUCUCCUGUUGAUAGUAAUGCGGAAGAUGGCUCCAUACAACAGCGAAUACAUUCUGAACAAGUUAGGAAUCUCGCAGCUGUUGUCUUGGCUAAAAUUCAGGUAUGCAUCCCAGGAUUCCAUGCGCAUUUUUCCUUCCCACAUUUGAUUGUGCCCCUCUUUCUUCAAUUAUUCUGACUGACCUUAGAAGUGAAGGCUAUACCUUCAGCACCAGCCACUGAAUCUGGAGGAGGAUAUCAGUCUGCCAGUACAACUAUUGAAGAUCUUUCAGACAUGUUGAAGAAGAUGCUUUCCACGGAUACAUCUCAGCAAAGUUCAAUUGAAGGUCUUGCUUAUGCUUCGCUACAACCAAAAGUCAAGGAGAACUUGGCUUCAGAUAAAGAGUUUUUGGUCAACCUUGUCAAAUCUUUGAAUGAUGCUCAGCCUAAAUCACCCAUGACCUAUGGAGCGCUCAGUAUUCUCAAUAAUCUUACAACCUACCAACCGCCCUUAAGCGAAGAACAAAAGAAAUUGGGUCAAUUAAAAGCUUAUGCGAAUGCCUCAAAGUCCUCUCUCAAGCCAGAUCCGCUCAAUGACGAUGACCACGUUGACAAGAGAUGCCAAAAUGUAUUCGAAGCCGGUGUCAUACCUGUUCUUGUCACCCAUAGUCAGCAUGGAUCAAUAGCAUCUCUUACACUUGUCACGUCGAUCAUCUUCUCGCUCUCCAAAACAACAAAAAUUCGGGGACGAAUGGCUCAACAAGGUGCAAUCAAGCUUUUAUUACACUCUUACACCGUCUUCCCCUCAGAAAAUAUUCCAGCUCGAAGAACCACAGCUCAUGCCCUCGCCCGUAUCCUCAUAUCUACCAACCCACUACACGUAUUUGGAGGUGCCAAUCCUCUUUCACUUGUUUCAGCCAUCAAACCUCUUCUUCUUCUCCUGGAGGAUGACCCAACAGUCGAACACCGCGAUCUCUUACCCGUCUUCGAAUCUCUCCUAGCCUUGACAAACCUUGCUUCUACAGAUGACUCAGCCCGUAAUCCAAUCAUCCGACUAGCCUGGUCUCAAAUCGAGGAAUUACUUCUUUCCCGUAAUACUCUGGUGACGCGUGCAACUGUGGAGCUUAUCUGUAACCUCAUGCAAUCUCCAGAAGGAGUUGCAAAAUUCUCAGACGGUAGCAAACAAGCAUCACAUCGUACACAUAUCCUAUUAGCUCUAACUGAUGCCGAAGAUUUCAAUACAAGGAGGGCAGCAGGAGGUGCUUUGGCAAGUCUUACAGAAUGGGAUACUGCAGUGACCGCAAUUCUUGAAAGAGAAAGAGGAGUCAAUCUCUUGUUAGCCUUGUGUACGGAAGAAGGGGAAGAAUUAAGACACAGAGGUGUAGUUUGCAUACUCAACAUAUUGACAGCACCAAACAAGGUUGGGGAAAGGGGAAUUCAAAAAGUGAAGGAGAAUGCCGGACUGGAAUCUCUGAAAGAAUGUUUAAAGAAAUCGAGAGAUCAGCAGGUUUUGGAGAUUACCGUGCAGGCUGUGAAAAUACUUAUAGAGGAUGAGGACCCAAGUAAGCUUUUGGAAGGUUGAAUGAAGGUGGUGAAUGAUUAUUAUUUGGGUUCAAAAGCAUCAUAGUGUAGUAAAGUAUUGCAUCAUAAUGAAUUAUAAAAUUGCCCUUCAAAGAUUCAUC